AUGAAGGCUAUUUAUAUUAAAAAGGAUCCUCCUCCUAAAGAGGGUAUCCAUUAUGUUGAGAAUGUCCAUCUCCAUUUUUCUAUUUUUAUAACUGACUGUGAAGAUGCUCCUUUAAAUGAGGAUGCUUGUCUCCAUUUGGGCAAAAGGAAACAACCUAAACAGGAUAAGUCAACCCCAAAUUGGCCUCAUGGAUUUGAAAUGGAUGAUGGGGAUUCUAAUUAUACUCCAUCUAAUGGGUAUGUUCUAAAUUCUUUCAACCCUAGCUCUGAAGUUAGGGGCAAGAGAAAGGCCGCCGAUUCCAUCACUAUCACAGAUGAUCACAUUAAGGCCAUUGUAUUUAAUGUUUUUGCGGGUGGAAUGGAAACGAUGUCCACUACAAUGGAGUGGACAAUGAGCUCGUUGAUCCAAAAUCCUCAUGUGCUGAAGAAAUUGCAAGCGGAAGUUGAAGCCAUAGUAGGCAAAGAGAGGGUCGUACAAGAAAGUGAACUCAAAGGUAUGGAAUAUCUUUUGUGUGUGGUGAAUGAGACAGUAAGAUUAUAUCCGGCAGUGCCAUUGCUAAUCCCACAUGAGUCAACAGAAGAUUGCAUUAUUGAUGGGUACUUCAUUCCUAAGAAGAGCAGGGCUUUUGUCAACGGUUGGGCUUUGGGAAGAGAUCCCAAAGUGUGGAAGGAUCCAUUGGAAUUCAAGCCUGAAAGGUUUAUGGGUAGAGAUAUUGAUUUUAUUAAAGGGAAGGAAUAUUUUGAUGUGGUUCCCUUCGGUGCAGGAAGGAGGGCAUGCCCCGGGAUUAGCAUGUCCUUUUCCAUGAUGACUUUUACCAUAGCUCAACUAGUGCAUUGCUUUGAUUGGAGAGUCGAAGGGGAAUUAGAUAUGAGUGAAUGCAAUGGAGCCUCCUUACCUAGAAAACAUGAUAUUCUUGCCAUUCCAUCAUUGAGAGUGCCUACCUGCCCAUGA